UCACUGGCUUAUAUUUACCGAGCAAGACAUAAUGGUCUGGCAACCGUGCACGCAAAGUUUUACUUGCGUAACCUAACGUUCUAUGGUUUUGUGAAAGAGAAACCGAUGAUCUUGGUGAUCGGAAGCAUAUCCUGCUUAUCCUGUGAAUAAUAGCAAACAGCUUGUAUUCACAAUGGAUGAAUCCCCCAUAACAUUUAUCUGUGUAGGUUCUAGUUUAUUAUUUUCGCGCCUCUUUUACAACUUAUACCAAGAGAAGAAACGAGAAAUACAACAGAUUAAGGAAAUCCAAAAAUUUCAACCCAACGAAGACCUGUUAAGGACAGUAAAAGCGUCACCACAGAAAAGGUUGCCGUAUGUUGCAGUAGAAGGGGUGGUGCAGCCUGUUGGUGAUCCUUUGGAAAGCAAAUAUAAACCACAAUGCUUUGGGGUGAUACAGAAGGUGCUAGUGGAGGAGACUUGGGAAAUGUGGAAUCCAACAUCAAGGACAUGGAUUCGCAGGAAGAUGAAUACGAACAAAUCAAAUAACAUGGUGCCCUUCCACCUGGUGUGUCCAGGAGCUUUUGUUAGCAAGGUGGCAGUGAAAGUCCAAUCUCCACUGGAGGCUGUGGAGCCCUACCUCGAGCAGGUCUACCAUAAGGUGAAGUAUGCCAGGGACGGACUGCUGAACUUUGUGGUGCAUGACCUGGUUGGGGAGAGGCCAUUUUGCCUGGAGGAGACAGAGAAUAUUCUUCGCGUGGGGACCCCAUUGACGGGCUUUGGGGAGGUAGUCCUGGAACAGGGCCGUAUGCUAAAGCUGCAGCCCCCCACAAAUGGACAGCCGUAUCUCCUGUUCACGAGCAACUACCAAACCUACUUGGGGACGCACGAAAGCACAGCCACCAUGUGGAAAAUACUGACGGCCGUCUUCGGCCUUGCAGGAGCCACGCUGCUAGCCUGGACCCUCUACAGGGCAUACCAGAAAUAUGAACGCAGGAGGGGUAGGAACUAGGGACCGUUUACUCAAGUAAGCCAGUACUCGGCAGCAGAUUCUUAAACAUUUAGAAAGAAUGUAAUUGGAAAAUCGAUAUUAUCGAAGAGCGUUGUCGCGCAGGCGAGCCUACGCCUGAGAAAAUGCUUUGCUACGCCUUUAAGCAGGUCUGCUGCUGUAAAACAGGCUUUAGGAACAAAAAACUGGAUUGCAUUAAAAAAAAAAUUUUUUUUAAGAGUAUUCGAGUAAACACAAGGACAAAUCAGCUUGUAAUCGUGUAAUUUGCAGUGCACAAAAAAAUCAUAAAAUGUCACAAUGUAUGGGGUAAUAUAUAUAUAUAAUUUUUUUUUCUAUCCUUUCUUACUGUGAUUGAAAAAUAUAAACAUGUUUCUGGCUAGACUUACACUGAUUCCAAGUUAAUUUACAUUUUAGGUGUGGUUUUUUAAAAAAGUGACUUCAAAAUAUAAGUGAGACAUGCAUCUCUGUGAAGUUAGUGGAAAUAAAUGGACAGCAGUGGUGUCUGGUCGCAUAAAGAAUGUAAUCAGUAAGUAGUACCUUUAAACCCCUGGUCAGGCACUGCUGUACCACUAAGCAAUGUACUGAAUUGCUACCCAGUGUCUAAAUAACUCAUAUUAAAUGAAAGAUUUGGUAAAUUGUUCAGGGUAAGAACAUCUGUAGAUACUGUAAGACUACAAGGCCUUUCUUUUGCAAGUACUAUGUCUGAAUCAUCGCGAUGGUAGCACCCAGGUAAAAUAAAUUGUUGACCCGAUUGAAUGGGUGAGAAAUGACACA